CAUAUUUUCCAUAAUGCUCUACUCCGGGGUUACCAAUCUAAAGCGCACCCAAAAUAUUUCCCAACGUUUCGAUUUCGACAAAAAUAACAUCGAUGCAUCGGGAUGGAUAUUCUUGUUUAAUUUUACGUGUACCGCAUAUGUUAAAAAUCUCGUCGAGAUGUUGCGAGGUUUCAGUAUUAUUUACCUUAUCCCUCUACUUGCUUCUCCUAUUGGAGCCGUGAAAGAGUCUAGUGAAUUUCAUGAGGAGCUCUAUGUACGACCUAUGGCAAAUGGAUAUGUAAACACAUUUUUCCAGUUCACCACUCGUUGGCAUUAUGGAGAUAGGGAAAAUUUACACAACACCCAGCUUAUACCUCGCCCGAUCGCUGAAACAUUGCUGCUUUACGAUGUUAAGGAACUGCAUAUCGGUCUAACUCAGGGACUUUGGAGGUAUGAAACUUUUGGUUUUCCUGUGGUGGACGCUGCACCAGGUGCAGAAAUGUGGGCAUGGUUUGCGGGAGAAAAUCUGACAACAAGCGAAGUGGAUGAUCAGUGGACAAAGCUGGCCAGCACGUUUUCCGGUAUUCUGUGCGCUUCUCUGAAUUUCAUUGACAAAACCAAUAGUGUAGAGCCAAAGUUUAGUUUCCGCCCUCAAUUCGUUAUCGGCAGAAAGGUAAAUAUACCACAAUAUAUACGAUAUGCAAGUUUGCCGCGAGAAAUCGUUUGUACCGAGAAUCUAACACCGUGGAAAAAAUUAUUACCUUGUAAUAGUAAACAGGGUUUCGCCUCUUUACUCAAUUCCGGUUACGUGCACAAUACAAAUUAUCACUCCUUGGGCAUUAAAAUGAGAACGAUAUGUGAAUCGUAUAAUAAAAACUGUAUUUUAGAAUUCACAGAAACAGCUAAUCUGGUAUACGACCCGAAACUAUUAGGCACGAAUGGAGAUUUUUCGCUACGACGUCUCUUUGGCCAGGGUUUGAAUGGGUACUGUUCACUGUCUAAAAGUAGUAAAAUUUAUGUAAAUCUGGAUGAUCAACCUUACGAUUUAACACCAACCCCAAUGCAUAAUUUGACAUCGAAGCGUGGGGGUACCACUACUUCUUAUGGAGUUUAUGAUAUUCAACGUCUAGAUGCAGAUAAACUAUUUAAUAUCGCCUGGAUAAGUCGCAAAAGCAAUCCAGCUAUUCUCAUAACUCCUUCACCUCCGAUAUACGCACAUCGUUACAUACUUGGACAUGGUCAGGAGAGAGGCCAAAUAGUGACGCAAGUAACAAAUAAGCACUAUUCUAAGCUGCCUAUCGUACUGCAAGAAAACAUACCAUGGUUUGUACCAUCCUAUAUGCACACGCUUAAUCUAGUUGUUCAAAAGGAAAACGGUGCGGACUACAGAAUACGACCACUUGUAAUGCACUACAUACCUGGUGUACAGCGAGUGCGUCCCUAUCACUUGGAAUUGGUUUUUGAAAUACCGCCAAGGAGUACAGUGCAAGUUUCUUUUGAUUUUGAUUAUAUUUUCCUAAAAUGGCUUGAAUAUCCACCCGAUGCGAAUCAUGGACACUACCUAGGAUCGGCAAUAAUCACUACUCAGCUACCGAUUGGUCGCAACUACUCUACCAUUCCUGUGGAUAAAUACCUUUUUGCUGACUCAUUCAAUGCAUCGCGACCGUCAUAUUUUCUAGAAAUUCGCACAGAAUCGCUUAUAUUAUCAUUACCGACACCUGAUUUUAGUAUGCCAUACAACGUCAUUUGUCUAGCUUGUACAGUUGUUGCUUUGGCUUUUGGGCCAAUCCAUAGCGUUGCUACAAAGCGUAUAGUUGUGGAGCAUAAAGAUGCGCCACCACAGUCACUGAUAGGCAAAGUAUGGCAGAAGUUAUUCAAACGGAAGCAAAAGGAAACGGACAACGGCACUUCACAAAUAGAAGAACACGAUGAGAUGAUAUUUGAACACUCGAAUGCUCAAAUAUUGCAUCAAAAAUUUGAAUGAAUGGCGAUAUACCAACAAAAAAUGCUUACAUAGCCUAUGAGGAUAUAAAACUAUUUAGUAUCUAUGUAAACAUCCAAACACAAUAAUUUAGUUAAUCAAUCAUUUAGUAAUAAAGGGGUGUGUAUUUAUUUGUAUUAACUAAUAAGUAUUUUUACUUGCUUUGUAUGUAUGUAUGUAUGUAAGUAUUGGUUUGGAUCAAAUCUUGCAAUCGAUUUCCAACCAACUUC